UUGCUUUCAGUACUUUAAAACUCGAUUGUUGACAAGGUCGCAUUGGAACCUUCAGCUUGUAUUUUGCAUGUCAUGCAAAUAACGUUGGUAAGGUGAGAUAGCAGCUUCCAGACUAUUAUAAUGCCAUAGAUCUUCAAGACAUUUAGACAUUAAAAAACACUAGUUAUCUUAAGAUGCUUAUUGGUAUUUUUCAGUGCCAGUUGGCAUCAGAAACAAUGGAAAACACUCUUUCUGAUGGAGGAGAAUGUUUGAGAGACGGGGGUAACAUGAUCCUUUUGAGUAGCAAAAUGAUUCUUUGCCAGCUCACUGUGACAUGCUUGACAGCCUCACCAGGUGGUUUUUAAAGGAUCCAAUAGGUUAGGAAAAAAAAACAAGAGGAAGAGCAAUCCGGAUACAGCAACUCUGAGGACACAUGUUUAGUAUCGCUGUUACUCUCAAGACAAUAUAAGCCUCAUUCAGAUGUUCUGUAAGAGUUGGCUACUGGUUAGUCUCCUCAUCCUACUUAAUGUUUUAUUGCUGUAUUUCACUGCUACUACCCUCGAAAGAAGAAAGUGGCGAAAGGUGGCGAGAAAACCUGGGAACUACCAUGUUGCUUACCCUCAAAAUUAUAGAUUUAUCCUCGACCAACCAAACAAAUGUGAAAAACAAAAGCCUUUUGUGGUGGUUAUCGUUCCUGUGGCUCCGGAGAACUUCGAGGCACGUAAUGCCAUCAGGAUAACGUGGGGCAGCGAGGAGCUCGUCCGGGACAGAGUGGUGCUGGUUCUGUUUCUUCUGGGCUCGCGAAGUGGAAACAAAACACUCCAGGAACAACUCCAGAAUGAGAGCCAGCAGUACCAAGACCUUCUGCAGAGCAGCUUCCAGGAUUCCUACAGGAAUCUGACCAUUAAAACCAUGGUGAUGAUGGAAUGGCUCAGCAGAAAGUGUCAACAGGCGUCCUAUGCGGUGAAAGUGGACAGUGACGUGUUGCUCAGCAUGAACAACCUAAUAAAAAUGCUUGUGAAUCUGAAAAAACUACAACAUAACUACAUUACCGGCCUAGUUGUGUCUGGAAACAGUGUCUUGAGAGAUCCAUCCAACAAGUUUUAUGUCCCUCACGAUGUGUAUCCUAAAUCCAGAUAUCCUCCAUAUCCUCUGGGAAUGUGUUAUAUCUUUUCUAUGGACUUGCCGGAGAAGAUCCUACAAAUAUCAAUGCAUAUCAGACCUUUUUUUAUUGAGGAUGCGUAUUUGGGCAUGUGCUUGAAGGGAUUGGGAAUUACCCCUAAGAAACCACCAAAUAUGGGGCAGUUUGUAGUCAGACCACCGCCACAAUUCAAUCGCUGUUACUAUUCUAAACUGAUAGCAAUACUUACAGAAAGCCUGACUCAGCUGAUUUCCUUUUGGAUGGAUAUCCACUCAUCCAGCAAACCUUGCUGAGAUGCAGAAUAUCUACGUAAAGGUUCAGUUGAAUUAAUUUUACAAAAGCAACCUGUUUGUUUUACCUGAUAGCUGUGUGUGCACGCUUGUGACAACUGUUUGAUACAUUUGCAUCCUGAAUGAUACACUAUUUCUAUGAAUUUGAAAUGUAAAACAAGGCUGUCUUUACAGCAUCUUAUGUAAAUAAACACUAUUUAAU